CACAACAAAGACUAUCUCGGUCCAACAGAAAGAUGGCUCCAACAACAAAAGGUGCUCUCAAUUUUAAAGCUACUUUUACUGAAGAAGUCACGCCUUUCAACAUUGAAGUAGAUCAAGACUUUCUUGACAAUACCCGAUUGAAAGCCUCUUUGACUCGAUUCGUGGACGACCUCGAGGAGCAAGAGGCCUUCACUGAUGGACCACCACGGCAAACUGCAGAGAAAGUUGCUGACUAUUGGGCCAACAAAUAUGACUGGCGCGCGAUUGAAGCUGAUAUCAAUUCCAAGCUCAAGCAAUACACCACUCUCGUGGAAACACCAACCACCAAAUUCACAGGCCCAAUCCCACUACAUUUUGUGCAUCACCGAUCUCCACGAGAAGAUGCAAUUCCUCUUCUUUUCGUGCAUGGCUGGCCAGGGUCGUUUCUCGAAGUCGACAAUAUCAUCGAACCGCUAACAAAUCCACCUGAUCCAUCCACGCCUGCAUUCCAUGUCGUUGCACCUUCUAUUCCAGGCUAUGGAUUUAGCCCUUCACCUCGAAAACCGGGCUUUGGCUACAGACAGUCCGGGGCUGCUUUCCACGCCUUGAUGCAGAAGCUGGGAUACAAGAAGUAUUGUUUUCAGGGCGGUGAUGCAGGCGACCUUAUCAAUCGAUACAUGGCAGUCGACUUUCCAGAAAGCGUCGUGUCUGGACACUCGAACUUCUGGGUCAUUCCACCAAAUGAGGACGAUUUGGACAAGUAUCGACGAAACGAGUCUUCACCGGAUGAGAAAUAUCUCAUUGAAUUGUAUGGAGGCUUUACUACUCGUCACUGGGCGUAUGGACAGAUUCAACAGACUCGACCGUUGAAACUAGCCGGGGCCAUGACGGACAGUCCGGUUGGAUUGGCCAUGUGGAUCUACGAUAGUGUCGUGAGCGGAGUUCCAGACCCAAGUAUCUGGACUCCUGAGUUGAUCAUUACUUGGACGAUGAUGCAUUGGAUCAAUGGCCCGUAUGCAGCUUUCAGCUUGUACAAGAAUGGUGCUGCGGACGGAGCAAUCUCGAUCAAAGGAAUCAGUCUUCUUCCCUAUGUCAAGCAGCCCGUGGCCAUAUCACAGUUCCCAUAUGAUCUGUGGUACAGGACCCCUCUCGAUUGGGCUCAACGUGGAGGGAAUGUCAAAAUAAAUACUGUGCAUGAAACAGGAGGCCAUUUCGCAGCGUUGACAAAUGCUGAUUUGUUGCUUCAGGACAUUUGGCGGUUCUUUGGGGACGCAGAAUUGUCAAACACUAACAUAUUCAAACAGACCUGAGCGGAUUUGUAUUUCAUCGCUGGUCUUAGCAAAGCUUGGUAGGUAUGGGGAAAGUUGACACCGCAGGCUCUACUGAAAUUGUGAUGGGAGAGUGCAGAGAGCUAGAGGCCCGAUACCCCCCGAAGAGAAAGGGAAGCUGUUCACCAAGGAGUGCAGGAGACGUCAUGAAUGACUCCAGCAUCGGAAUCAUUUUAUAGACGACAAGGACUUGUAUAGCAUCUAGAUUGAAGUACACAUGUAGGUAUCUACAAUGUCUAAAUUCGUUGUCUAAA